AUGCCUCCCGGCGACGUUCCUUUGCCAGACAGCCUCGUGCCGGGCAACGGGGCUGUUCGCCCCACGUUAAAUACUAGUGGUUAUGGUGGAGGUAAUCAGAUGCAGACUCCCACAUCACCUGCAGAUAGCAAUGUUCCGUUUGACUCGCCGCGUGCAAUAACUGGGGGAUGGAGUACGUCCGGAAACAGCCCCGUGGAUGGAGCCCAGAAUCCUGACGGCCGUAUGGGUCGAAGAUACGAGUCAAACAAUUCCAGCCCAAGGGACCCUUCGACUCCACGCGAUGCAGCCGGUUAUUGGGACCGAUCAACUCCCCGGGACAGAACUCGCCCUAACGGCCGGCAACCGACAAAGUCACCAGGUGGCGCAUCAAGGAUCUGUAAAAAGUGUGGUGAACCCCUCACAGGUCAGUUUGUACGGGCAUUACUUUCAACAUACCAUCUUGAAUGCUUCAAGUGUGAAGACUGUGGCCAAAUCGUGGCUUCGAAAUUCUUCCCUGUCGAUGCGGAAGACGGGAGUGGACAAUAUCCUCUAUGCGAGACAGACUACUUUCGGCGUUUGGAUCUUCUCUGUCAUGAAUGCGGCGGUGCCCUGCGUGGCUCUUAUAUCACGGCCUUAGAUCGAAAGUAUCAUAUUGAGCAUUUUACCUGCUCUGUUUGCCCGACAGUCUUUGGUGCGCAGGACUCGUAUUAUGAGCAUGAAGGCAAAGUCUUCUGUCACUUCCAUUACUCGACGCAGUUCGCACAGCGGUGUCACGGUUGCCACACUGCAAUCCUUAAACAAUUCGUGGAGAUUUUCCGUAAUGGCCAAAAUCAACACUGGCACCCUGAAUGCUAUAUGAUUCACAAGUUUUGGAAUGUUCGUUUAGCUCCAACCGGCCAGCCUCUAGAACCUCCUGAGGUAGAAGCCAAUGCCACCGACGAGCAACGCAAUCGAGUGCGGGAGGAAGAAGAUGUGAUGGAGGAGAAAGUGUACAAAAUAUGGAGCAUCCUAUCAACUUUCGAGGAAUCGUCGGCCGCCUGCAUCUCAGAUAUGCUUCUUCACGUUAGCAAUGGUACUUAUGUGGACGGAGUCCUUGUUGCGAAAAGAUUCAUUGCACACGUUGAUGUUCUUUUUUCUGCGAUUGACCAACUUGCAGCAAACAUCAAGGCCCAAGGCAUGAAAGACCUCGCCUAUGGCCGCGAAGCAAAACUCCUGUGCAAGAAAAUUGUCGCCUUUUUUGCAUUGUUGUCGAAGACUCAAGAGACCGGCGUUCGGAAACUCGGAGUCACUCAGGAGCUUCUAUCUUUAGUGACGGGUCUUGCUCAUUAUCUGAAACUUCUCAUUCGCAUUGGUUUGCAGGGCGCUCUAAAGCUAGAGAGGGAGUCAGAAACACCUGAAGGUCUCCAUCAAUUCUUGGAUCAUCUUGGAGAUCUUGAAGCACUUAGGCCUCUAGAAGAAGAAGCGACUACUGCAGACUUGAUGGCUAAUGUCGAUGUUCUUGCUGAUCAGCUCUCUGAUUGCUGUGCCGCUUGCAAAGACCCAAUAGAUGACGAGUGUAUCAAGCUUGGCGACAGCAGGUGGCAUAUCAAGCCACCUCACUUGACUUGUACGUCAUGCCAGAGGGAUCUGACUGCCAUUCCUCAAGAUGCGUUGUGGAAUCCUAAGGAUAAGUGCGCUUUCUGUACCAGUUGCGCCUCUGAGAAUGGCUUCACACAUGAUACACAAGGAGGGUUCACUCGAGUGUCCAAACUCCAACAGUUUGUCUUCCUGUUACAGGUUGCUCUUGCACGGCUACUUACCGUUCUUCGAGCUGGUGGUACUAUCCCCGCAUCAGAUGAAGCCAACCUGAGAUCGCAUGACGGCAGUGACGGCCAAUCAGCUCCUGGGGGUGAACUGCGUAGGUCGGCAACGAGAUCAAAAUCCUACUCGCAUGCGAGUAAAGAGGGAACGGAGGAAUCUUCUCUUGAACAGACUGUUGGUGAAAUGCGACGUCUAAGGUCGAUCCGAAACGAGCGUACCUUGUCAACAACCUACAAAAAAGCACGAGCGUCGCGGAUCAUCGAUGGACCAGAAGGACGGAGCGUAAGGCCAGGUUCAUCGGGUGGUGAAGGCACUGAUCCCCGUGGUCACGGUUUUCAAAUUGUAGAAGAAAAAGACGCAAAUGGCGAGACGGUCACUGAGCUGACAUUUGGCAAUCAGGACGCUCUCACUUUGGAUGAUAUUCCAAGGAUCGUUGCGGCCGAGCAAGCUAAAGAGCAACGUCCCAACGCAUACAAGCACGCAGGAACAAGGCUUGUCGGAACCACCGAGCCACUUCCAAGGUACAACUAUGGCCAUCAGCGUGGUGUUUCCGGUGCUGGCUUAGAACGGCACCUCAUGGAACAGAGUGGAAGGGCCAAAAAGUACUUCUCAGAAUUAUCUGCGCUGGAGUAUUUCAUCGUGCGACACGUUGCUGUACUAUCUAUGGAGCCUCUGCUGGAUGGCCACUUCACUUUGGAGGAGCUUCUUUCGUUUAUUGAGUCCCGCAAACCGACGAUCUGGAAUAUCUUUGGCCGUGCCUUUAACAAAGAAGCCAAGAAAGGUGGAAAGAAGAAGGGUUACUUCGGCGUCAACUUAGAUUUCCUUGUCGAAAAGGAGGGCACAGAGUCCAGUCAUGGUGUCGGACCUGGUGCGCUUCGCGUUCCCGCUCUAGUUGACGAUGCUGUGUCCGCCAUGAGACAGAUGGACAUGUCUGUGGAAGGUGUUUUCCGAAAGAACGGCAAUAUUAGGCGGCUUAAAGAGAUUUCAGAUCUGAUCGACAAUAAGUAUGAACAGGUGGAUUUAACAAAGGAAAACCCUGUGCAAAUCGCAGCCCUUUUAAAGAAGUUCCUUCGCGAGAUGCCCGACCCACUCCUAACAUUCAAACUGCAUCGUCUUUUUGUAGUAUCUCAGAAACUAUCCGAUCCAGAAAAGCAAAAACGGGUGCUUCACCUUGCUUGUUGCCUGCUUCCGAAAGCUCACCGAGAUACCAUGGAAGUCCUAUUUGCCUUCUUGAAUUGGACAUCAUCCUUCUCGCACGUAGAUGAAGAGUCAGGCAGCAAAAUGGACAUACACAAUCUUGCCACAGUCAUGGCUCCUAAUAUUCUCUAUCCAAAUACCAAGAAUGGCACUGUGGAUGAAAGUUUCCUGGCGAUUGAGGCCAUCAAUGCGCUCAUCACGUAUAAUGAUACCAUGUGCGAGAUCCCCGAGGAUCUGCAAUCGGUUCUCACGGACACCAGCUUUUUGAAGGAGAACUCUGAAGUCACCACGAAGGAAAUUUUGAAACGCUACGGUGAUAUUGCGCGUGGAAGCUUUUCCCAGAGGCCCGUCAAUGGUGGCGAAACUUUUACUAUCACCAGCGCGAAUGCAAACCGGGGAGCAAACGCCCCAACUUCCGCACGUAUCGAAACGGAUCCAUCCCAGGAUACAGCGACGCAGCUUCAAGGCUCUGUACGUCAUGUACAAGGCCCUGGUCAUGCCCAUUCAGCGAGUGCUACCCCACAUAGCAACAUGGAGCUGGUGCCAGCAGCGACAAGCGAUAGUCGCGAGCGCAGCAUUAGCAAUGGUAGUCAACAAAAUCCGGCAGAUGCCCAGCCUCAACCACUCACUUAUAGAAGUCGCACAGGAACAGGGCCCAUGGGAGUUGCCGGUUGAUCAAUAUUCUAUGCUAACUUGUUUCGGAGAUGUAUCGAUCAAACUCCCCUUUCCUCAGUUCUUGGUUCUCUGAAUACUGUUGGUGUGUCGUUGGGCCGUUCAGCGUUCUUCCAUUUU